AUGUUUCGCAAUAGGACAAGCAGUGUGCAGUUGGGAAAACGUAUAUAACCGGAAGUCAGUCUUUAAGUGACGCUGGGAUAAUCCGGUAGAAACCAUGAAGAAGAAACUGCAGGAGAGUGAGGAGGAGCAGCAGGAGCAGCCGGAGCAGCCAGCUGACUACGUGGUCGGUCAGGUGUCAGGAAGUUUGUUCAAGAAGAAAUCUAAAGCCUCCGGAUCGCUGUCGGCUUUAUUCGGGGCUGCUGCUCCCGCUCCACCUGUUCUCUUUCAGCCUGCACCCAAGCCUGUUCCGAAGAGCACAGAAGAAACAGAGGAGCCAAAGGAAACUCCAGAAGUCAAAGUUAAACUUAGCAAGAAGAAGCAGAAGCAGCUGAAGGAGAAAACAGAGGGCGACCUGAAGCUGGAAGACAGGGAGCUCAGUUUACAUUGUGCAGAUGAAGACGAGCAAGGGCCGGCGAAGAAGAAGAAGAAGACGGAGCCGAGCGAUGGGAACGAUGCAGAGCAGUAUGUGAUAAAGAGGCAGAUGAAGAGAAACAGGAUAGAAGAGGAGGUGACAAAGAAGAAGAGGACGGUGUUCGUAGGCAACCUGCCCGUCAGCUGCACCAGGAAGACCCUGCAGGGCCUCUUCAGGGAGAAAGGAUCCAUCGAGUCUGUGCGGUUUCGCUCUGUGGUCAGAGAGGAUCCCGCCAUGUCCCGCAAACUAGCAGCUAUUCAGCGCAAAGUUCAUCCCAAGAAGCAAAGCAUGAACGCCUACGUGGUGUUUAAAGACGAGGAAGGAGUCACCAAGGCGUUGGAGAGGAACGGCAUGGAGAUCGAGAAAGGAUUUCACAUCCGAGUGGACAAAGUGACGGAGAGCUCAGCACACGAUCACAAACGCUCCGUAUUCGUGGGGAAUCUUUCGUUCGAGAUAAACGAGCUGUCUUUCCGGCAGCACUUUGAGGAGUGUGGCGAUGUGGAGGGCGUCCGGCUGGUUCGAGACCAGAACUCCGGCCUGGGGAAAGGGUUCGGAUACGUCCUGUUUGAGAGCGCAGACUCCGUGCAGCUGGCGUUGGAGCUCGAUGGCUCAAAGCUGGAGACCAGGACCAUCCGGGUGAAGAGGUCGGUGAAGAAGGAGAAGCAGAAGAAGACUCCGGAGGGAAAAGGAGCUCCAGGGAGGCCCGGAAAGGGACCAAUGAAGGGACCUAUGAAGGGACCAAUGAGGGGCUCGGGGCCGGAGAAAGGAGGCGCCCGGGGGGGUUUCAAAGCUCAAAAUAAAUUCUCUGGAAACCGACCGACUGCGACUACAACUACAAGCUCCGGCUCUUUCAAAGGAGAGAUGACUGAUCCGAACAAAAAGAGCAAAAAGAAAGGACCGAAGAAGCCCCGGAAGCCCAGAAAGACUGUCCACAUCUGAUUUACAUUGAAAACAUAAACGUGUGUGUGAGGUCUCCAGCUGUGUGUUAGCUUUUAAAACUCUGUUAGGAGGAAGAAGCAGAAGCAGGUUCACUGAGAUAUCUGGAGAAUUAAGAACAGGCUUUUGAUAGUCCAUUUUCCAAGUUCUUCUCAGUAAAGGUUAUUUUUCCGACAGCUCUAAUGUUGUUUAUUCCAGUUACAUCCACUUUGUAAAACCAUCAAGUCCAAGAAAGCUUUGAAGGUGGAGUCUGUGAUUCUGGAUUGUAGGUAUUUGAAUUCUACACAAAAACAAAACUCACCCUCCCAUCAGUGCUCCUAGUGAAGGUUAGCUUUAGGGCGGAAGCUAACGAUUAUAUUCUCAAUUAAUCGUUUGGUUUGUAAAAUAUCUAAUAUCUUCAAAUAACUUCCAACCAGUUGAUCAUCAAUAGUUGGAAAGUAUUUUUCUGUGGAUUGACUUAUCGUUGCAGCUCUUCUCUUUACAUAAAAAGUGCCACAAACUAUUGAAUCAAACUCAAUAUAACACAGACUAUUCAAAUAAAACAUUUUUUGUAACUUUUCACCUGUUGUAUUGAGUUAUGUUGUUCCUGUUGUGUUCAAAUAAAAAUCUUUAAUUGUG